AGUCCCCACACUGUCACCGCUGCUACAUCCAUCUUCGCUGGAGCUUCUCAAAGUCUCACUUCUGCAAACAUCCCUUACUGUCUUGCAUGUUCUCCGCUCAUUCGCUACCGUUCAGUUCGAGUGGAAUCUCCGGACGCCAAACUCCAUCCUCGAAUCCCGCCCUCUCAUCGGCCUUGCCGCCAUCAGCCCAGAUUUGCGUCACAUCAGCCGCCGCAUCCAAACAGCUCCCUCCUGGCGAGCAACACGUCCUUCCCCGAAUCUCUGAGAAUACGGAACUGUGGGAGUUCCUGCAUCACUGGUGUUAGCUUGUGCAUGCUUUGCAUUGGUGCAGCUUAAGGGCUUGUUGGUGCCGCAUCGGGCAAGAUGGUCGAGACCGAAGGCAGUCCCACGACGUGGAAGUUUACACAAUGCUUCGGUGACAAGGGCGAUGUUGAAGAUAUCACAGAAGCUGAUAUCAUCUCAACGGUUGAAUUCGACCAGACCGGCAACUAUCUAGCCACCGGAGACAAAGGAGGUCGAGUGGUCCUAUUUGAGAGGAACGAGACGAAGAAAACCUGCGAAUACAAAUUCCACACCGAAUUCCAGUCACAUGAACCUGAGUUUGACUAUCUCAAGUCAUUAGAGAUCGAGGAGAAAAUCAACAAGAUCAAGUGGUGCCGUCGGCAAAAUGCAUCGCAUUACCUCCUAUCCACCAAUGACAAGACCAUCAAGCUAUGGAAGGUGUUCGAGAAGUCCCUGAAAGUGGUGGCGGAGAACAACCUUUCUCAUGACCUAACCCCAGGCAGUGUGACCGGUGGUGGAGGUCCAGUCCGAAAUCCUACGCAGCAGUUCCGAGCGGCUUCUGACCUGAAACUUCCUCGACUUACCCACCACGAUACUGUCGUCGCCGCGGUUCCACGGAAGACGUAUGCCAAUGCACAUGCGUACCACAUCAACAGCAUAUCAGUGAACAGCGAUGGCGAAACAUUCAUCAGUAGUGAUGACCUCCGGGUCAACUUAUGGAACCUUAAUAUCCAAGACCAGAGCUUCAACAUCGUCGACAUCAAGCCGGCGAAUAUGGAGGAGUUGACUGAGGUGAUCACGGCGGCGGAGUUCCAUCCGCAGAGCUGUAAUUGGUUCAUGUAUGCCAGCUCCAAGGGGACCAUCAAACUUGCAGAUAUGCGUGAAAGCGCGUUAUGUGAUCAACAUGCGAAACAGUUUGAACAGGAGGAAGAUCCCUCCUCGCGCUCCUUCUUCUCCGAAAUCAUCUCCUCCAUAUCUGACGUUCGAUUCUCCCAUGAUGGCCGAUAUAUCCUUUCCCGUGAUUACCUAACAGUCAAAAUCUGGGAUGUCAACAUGGAAAAGACGCCGAUCAAGACCAUUCCGAUUCAUGAGCACCUCCGACCCCGCCUCUGCGACACGUAUGAGAAUGACAGUAUCUUUGAUAAAUUCGAGGUGGUUUUCUCGGGCGACGCCAAGAAUGUCAUGACCGGCAGCUACAACAACAAUUUCAUGAUCUAUCCAUCCGACCCCACGGCAGACACCGAGGUGGUCCUGCAAGCUGACAAAUCAGCAUUUAAGGCGAAGAAGGUAGGCAUUCCGACACCGAUGAACUCCACCAGCCCUUCAGGAGGGAAGAAAGGCGGGUCUCGGGCAGGAAGCCCGGCAGCUGGUGCGGUUGGACAAAGCCAACGGAUGCGCAAGGAAACCGACGCGGACGCAAUCGACUUCAACAAGAAGAUUCUCCACAUGAGCUGGCAUCCAUUCGAAGAUAGCAUUGCCAUUGCGGCAACUAACAAUCUGUUCGUCUUCUCCGCGCUGUAAUGUCCUGCAUGAGAUGGCACUACCGAGACAGCAUUCUGAAGUGGCCUCGCCCGCUUCCCUGGCUCUCAUGGCUAAAGCUCAUAUACCACGAGGUAAUAAUGUGUCGGCUGCGAACACUCCGCAUAUGUUUAGAACUCGAGAUUCGAGGCUCGGACAGAAUGAAGUAUUCGUCAAAUGGCUAUCAUGCAAAGUUAUGGAUGCGUCCAAGAGCCAUGUCUUUCUGGGGAUAGAGAUAGAAUGAACCGUUUGAAUGAAGCCAGAUGAAGUGAUAUCAGUGAUGAUCUG